AUGGUCCCUGGGCGGACCCUGUGGUCAGGGGGAGGGAAGGAGGCUGGAGCUCCUGCCGGUGCCCUGGGGAACGUGGCCCAAGGCUCCGCUCCCCCUGUGCCCGCAGCCUCCGUGUGCCUCACCCUGCACCCGUGCCUGAACGGUGGCCAGUGCAUCGAUGACUGCGUCACCGGCAGCCCCUCCUACACCUGCUCCUGCCGUGCUGGCUUCACGGGCCGGAGGUGCCAGCUGGACGUGAACGAGUGUACCUCCCACCCGUGUCAGAACGGCGGGAUCUGCACCCACGGCGUCAACAGCUUCACCUGCCAGUGUCCAGCGGGCUUCAGGGGGUCCACCUGUGAGUCAGCCCAGUCCCCAUGUGACCACAAGGUAUGUUGGAAUGGCGGCCAGUGCCAGGCAGAGGGCGGCUCCGCGGCGUGUGUGUGCCAGGCUGGGUUCACAGGAGCGGCCUGUGAGACCGACCUGGAUGAGUGCAGCUCGGAUCCCUGCCUGAACGGAGGCUCCUGUGUGGACCUGGUGGGGAACUACACCUGCGUGUGCGCAGAGCUCUUCGAGGGCCCGCGCUGCGAGACAGCGCGCCCCCCCGUGCCCGUGGCCUGCCUCUCCACCCCUUGUCAGAAUGGGGGCACCUGCGUGGACGCGGACCAGGGCUACGUGUGCAAGUGUCCCGAAGGCUUCACGGGCCUGGACUGCGUGGAGCGAACCCCACACGACUGCCAGUGCCGGAAUGGCGGCCGGUGCCUGGGCGCCAACAUCACCCUCUGCCAGUGCCCCCCGGGGUUCUUUGGGCUCCUGUGUGAAUUUGGCUUCAACGCGGGCGACGGGCAGCGCUACUUCAACAUCCCCGGCUCCCGCACCGCGGACAUGGCUGACGUGGAGAGCACCACCAACGUGGGCGUGCCCGGGCGCUGGGCGUUCAGAAUCGAUGAUGCCCAGGUGCGCGUGGGGGGCUGCGCCCACACAAGUAAGAGGACCCCCAGGCUGGGCGGGGGGCAGGGGCGGGGCGGGGGCGGAGCUCAGGCGCCGGGGAGGAGGAGGGGCAGCGGCUCUGCCACCCCCGCCGCCUUCGCCCCCAAGGGGUGGGCGUGCAGCCCCCUCCGUGUCCCCGACCGGCUGCUCACACGGGGACAGGUCCGGGGCCCUGAGCCGGGCAGGCAGCUGGGGAACUGGGGAGACUGGCUCCCAGGGACUCACAGGGCCCCCAAACUUGCCUCGGGGCUGAUGCAUUGUGACUGUCGGCUGCUGAUAUGCUCACCACAAGCCCUGCCGAGCCUGAACAUGAUAGAGGCAGAGUCGGGCACGCGUGUGCACCGUGGGGAAGAGGGAGAGUCGGGCACGCGUGUGCACCGUGGGGAAGAGGGAGAGUCGGGCACGCAUGUGCACCAUGAAGAGGGAGAGUCGGGCACGCGUGUGCACCAUGAAGAGGGAGAGCCGGGCACGCGUGUGCACCAUGGGGAAGAGGGAGAGUCGGGCACGCGUGUGCACCGUGGGGAAGAGGGAGAGUCGGGCACGCGUGUGCACCAUGAAGAGGGAGAGUCGGGCACGCGUGUGCACCAUGAAGAGGGAGAGCCGGGCACGCGUGUGCACCAUGGGGAAGAGGGAGAGUCGGGCACGCAUGUGCACCAUGAAGAGGGAGAGUCGGGCACGCGUGACACCAAGGGGAAGAGGGAGAGUCAGGCAUGCGUGUGCACCGUGGGGAAGAGGGAGAGUCAGGCACGCGUGUGCACCAUGAAGAGGGAGAGUCGGGCACGCGUGUGCACCGUGGGGAAGAGGGAGAGUCGGGCACGCGUGUGCACCAUAGGGAAGAGGGAGAGUCGGGCACGCGUGUGCACCAUGAAGAGGGAGAGUCGGGCACGCGUGUGCACCGUGGGGAAGAGGGAGACCCGGCCCCACCUGUGCAGCUCGGGGCCUUGCCGGAACGGGGGCACAUGCAAAGAAGUGGGCAGCGAGUACCACUGCACCUGCCCGUACCGCUUCACUGGGAGGCACUGUGAGAUCGGAAAGCCUGACUCCUGUGCCUCUGGUCCCUGCCACAAUGGUGGCACUUGCUUCCACUACAUUGGCAAGUACAAGUGUGACUGCCCCCCGGGCUUCUCUGGAAGGCACUGUGAGAUUGAGGUGGACUGCGGCCGCCCCGAGGAGGUGAAGCAUGCCACGGUGCGCUUCAAUGGAACACGCGUGGGCUCCGUGGCCCUGUAUGCCUGUGACCUCGGCUACAGCCUGAAUGUCCCCGGCCACCACAGCCGUGUCUGCCAGCCCCAGGGCGUCUGGAGCCAGCCUCCCCAGUGCCUCGAAGCAGAUGAGUGCCGUUCCCAGCCCUGCUUGCAUGGGGGCUCCUGCCAGGACCGUGCCGCCGGGUACCUGUGCCUCUGCAGCCCAGGGUAUGAGGGUGUCCACUGUGAGCUGGGGCUGCCAGCACAGACAUCCACACCUCUCAGACUCCCACGUCCUGGGGAUGGAGCUUGGCUGAGGAGCACUAGCUCGCCAGACUCCAGUCUGUGGGUGAACACGAAGCCUCUGCUCCCCGCGUCCUUCGUCCCUUCCUCCCACCCCCAGCGGCCGCCCCACAGCGUGGGCCGACUCUCGGGCUCUUCUCCAGAGGUGGACUCCUGCCGCUCCAGCCCCUGCCAGCAUGGAGGCCUGUGCCAGGACGGCGGCGGGACCUACCUGUGUGUGUGUCCAGAGGGCUUCCUUGGCUACCACUGUGAGACAGCGAGUGACCCCUGCUUCUCCAGCCCCUGUGGGGGCCGUGGCUACUGCCUGGCCAGCAAUGGCUCCCACAGCUGCACCUGCAAAGUGGGCUACACAGGCAAAGACUGCGCUAAAGACCUCCUCCCACCCACAGCCCUCAGGGUGGAGAGGGUGGAGGAGGGCGGCAUCUCCGUGUCCUGGAGCCCACCGGAGGGCUCGGCGGCCAGGCAGGUGCUGGACGGCUACGCGGUCACCUACACCUCGGCGGAUGGCUCCUUCCGCCGCACGGACUUUGUGGGCCGCGGCCGCUCCUCACACCAGCUGCGGGCCCUGGGGGCUGGCCGUGCCUACAACAUCUCCAUCUUCUCCGUCAAGCGGCACGCCAACAACAAGAAUGACAUCAGCCGGCCCGCAGCUUUGCUGGCCCGCACACGACCCCGCCCUCUUGAGGACCUGGAGGUGACCAACGUGACAGCCAGUGCCAUCUCCGUUCGAUGGGCCCUGCACAGGGUCCACCACGCCACCGUCAGCGGGGUCCGAGUGUCCAUCCUCCACCCAGAGGCCCCCCAGGGCCGGGCCACUGAGGUGGACAGGAGCGUGGACCAGCUCACCUUCGGGGACCUGCUGCCUGGAAGGAGGUACACCUUGCGGACCACCACCCUCAGUGGGCCUACAGGGGCAGAGAGGCCCACGGAGAGCCUGGCGUCAGGGCCACUGCACGUGUGGACCCGGCCCCUGCCACCGGCGAACCUGACGGCCUCCCGCGUCAUGGCCACCGCUGCCCAUGUGGUCUGGGACCCCCCUGCUCCAGGCACCUCACUGGAGGCUUAUGUCAUCAACGUGACCACCAGCCAGAGCACCAAGAGCCGCUACGUCCCCAACGGAAAGCUGGCAUCCUACACAGUGCGCCCCCUGCUGCCUGGCCGGCGGUACCAGCUCUCCGUGACGGCCGUGCAGGGCACGGAGCAGGGCCAGCUGCACAGCGAGCCCGCACACCUCUACAUCAUCACCUCCCCCAGGGAUGGUGCUGACAGACGCUGGCACCAGGGUGGACACCACCCGCGGGUGCUCAGAAACAGAGCGCCCCCUGCGCGCCUGCCUGAGCUGCGCCUGCUCAGUGACCACAGCGCCCCGGGGACGCCCACUCGGCCACCCAGGUUCUCGGAGCUGGUGGAUGGAAGAAGAAGAGUGAGCGCCAGGUUCGGUGGCUCUCCCCACAGAGCCGUCACCAUGGGAUCACAACCCACCACACUGGUGCCACUCGGGAACACAGAGGAGACCCCUGAGCAGGCCCACCUGGCCCUCCGGCCCCCUGGACGUGGUGACAAGGACAUUCCAGAUGCCCCUGGAGGCUGUUCAGAAGAUGCCUGUCAGAAUGGAGGUACCUGUGUGCCGGGUGCCCCUGCCCACAGCUGUGACUGUGGCCCUGGCUUCAAAGGCAGGCGCUGCGAGCUCGCUUGUGAGAAGGUGCCCCGUCCCUGCACACGGAUGUUCUCGGAGACCAAGUCCUUUCCUGUCUGGGAAGGAGGUGUCUGCCACCAUGUGUAUAAGCGAGUCUACAAAGUUCACCAGGACAUCUGCUUCAAAGAGCGCUGUGAAGGCCCGAGCCUUGAGAAACCCCCCACAGGAAACAAAGUAGCAGUCAAACACUGAAGAAAUCUUAAGCCUGAAAACUAUGACGUGGCCCACACGCCCUGGCCUGGACAGCUGGGGCUCUGCUCCUGCGGGCCUUUCCUCCCAUGGCUGAAGACAGGAAAGAGAAAUGUCACCCAAAGGCCAAGAACAACCAGAAGCAAAGGAGUUCUAGGCAUGGCUCCUACGGGAGCUGUAGAUAACUAACAAGGCCAAGGGCUUUGGGGCAAGCUCUCAGGGUGCCCUGGCGAGAGGCGCGUGCACCCAGCCCACCUCCUAGAGAAACUGCAGGAGGAGAGCUGACAGCACCGGUUCCUGAGCCCUAACAGCUCUGCCUCCUCUCUGGCCUCAGCCUCUAAGAACACUCACGCAAAGGCCUGGGAACAACUCAAUCCUGGUAAGGACCAAGAACCCACGGUUACUUGGGUUUGAAAUAUUGAUGUAGGAGUAAGUUACUUGAAAAACUCACCUUUUCAGAACUAACCCAGCAAAUCCACUCCUAUAGAAACAAAUGAGAAGAAACAACUAAUCAUUAAAUACAAGCUUACCAAACACCUGUUCUCAAAACAGUGAGGAGAACACAAGGCAUGACUCAUCACCCAUUCAGAUACCACCAAGCACACAGGAGCUCCUCACUCCAGAGCCGCUGGGAGGAGGCAGUGUCCUCACACCCUCCGGAGGGAGGGCGGCCAGCGGCUGCAGCCGCCUCUGCACUCAAACUUAAAGUCCCAGUGCUGAGCCCAAGUUCUGUUCAGGGGAGCAUGCAGGCCUCCACCGCUCUGAGCCGAGUGUCCCUGCGGAUAGUGGGCCAAUGCAUUUCUACAACGCACGUUCCCUUCACUCCCUGCCCGGCCCCACGUGGGCCCCACAGGAAUUCUGUCCUCUGGGGAAAGGCAGCUGCUGCAGGAGGACAUGCCUGUCAUUCUCACACUCCCCUCUUUCCCCCAAAGGAUCUGGAAUGUGCUUAUUAUACUCCACCACCUCAAGAGUUUCCAAAACCUGGGAAGAUAAGAGCUAAGAAUUGGAUUGAAAAGGACAUCAAGAUCAAGGUCCACA